AUGAAAAGUCUGGCUGUGAAACACGUCUUUGGGAAUACUGAGAAUGGUGAAGACAAAAGCAACAUUCGAAAGUCUCCCUUGAAGAAUAUUAUUUUGUGCUUAAGAAGAAGAACGGUGGGAGACGAGCGAGGCGGCGAGCGAGCAGGAAGAGGGUCGCGGAGACAGGUUCAGGCGCCCGGAGCCCAGGGACGCGCUGUCCCACCGCCGGGCGCUGUGUGGGCGACCGCUGCCGCCUCCGCCUCGGGGGCCCCCCUGCCCGGGGGUGACGAGGAGGAGCCGGAGGGCGCCCCGGAGAAGGGCCGGAGCUCGGGCCCCAGCGCCAGGAAGGGCAAGGGGCAGAUCGAGAAGAGAAAGCUUCGGGAGAAACGGCGCUCCACCGGCGUGGUCAACAUCCCCGCGGCGGAGUGCUUAGAUGAAUAUGAAGAUGAUGAAGCAGGACAGAAAGAGCGGAAAAGAGAAGAUGCAAUUACACAGCAGAACACGAUGCAGAAUGAAGCUGUGAGCCUAUUAGAUCCAGGCAGUUCCUUUUUGCAACAGGAACCAUCUAGAACAGUUUCAGGCAGAUACAAAAGCACAACAACUGCCUCUGAAGAUGAUGUCUCAAAUCGGUAUCCCCGGACAGAAAGAAGUGGGUUUAGUAGAUACAACAGAGAUACAAAUAUUGCAAGUAAUCUAGUCCCAAGUAACACAUUGGAAAAGAAAAUCGAAGAUCUUGAAAAGGAAGUUGUAAGAGAAAGACAAGAAAACCUAAGACUUGUGAGACUGAUGCAAGAUAAAGAGGAAAUCAUUGGAAAACUCAAAGAAGAAAUUGAUUUGUUGAGCAGAGACCUAGAUGACAUAGAAGAUGAAAAUGAACAGCUAAAGCAGGAAAAUAAAACUCUUUUGAAAGUUGUUGGGCAACUGACAAGGUAGAAGAUUGAAGACCCAGUGUGGAAAAAAAAAAAUUAAAACUACUGAUUGAGUGUUAUGGUUAUUGCUAGGAUAAUUUCCUAUGCUGCAGUACAUUAAAAUAACUGUAUAUUUAUUUAUAGGAAA